AUGCAUUUCACCAAGACACUCGUCUCCUUCUUCGCCGUGGCCUCGUUCGCCUCGGCCUUCUCUGACAUCGAGGAGCGAGACGAUGAUAUCCUCGAGGUCCGCCGCGAAGAGUUCCUCGAGGCCCGCUCCGCUUACAUUGAGGCCCGAGACCUCUACAUCGAGGAGCGUGGCAACAUCAUUUCCAAGUCAUCUGAUGGUACAUGCAAGCAAGGCGCCACUCCUCUCCCUUGCGUCAGCAAGUCGAAGAACAAGCGCUGCGGAACUUGCAAGGCCGGCAAGAAGGUCGGUGAUGGAUGCUCUUGCCAGUACUAA